GCCGCAUAUAGAUUUGUAGAAGCUGUUCACGCUUCACACGAAUCUUUCCCUCAUUUUUAAACACAGACCGGGAAUAUACCUGUUCUAUCAUACUUGCUCACCAUCAACUCCACGUUUGUUGACAGUGAAACACGGCAAUACUUUCCAUCAACAUCCUCACUACCCACCAACAUAAUGGACCAGAAAGACAUGCUGGCCCUCAACAGGGCUGCUUUGAACGACUUUGUGAUGCUUCCUGUCUCCCGAGACAUGAUCUCUUAUCUUGCUCGAAAAGCUUCAGAGGUCAUCCGCUGUGAACCGCAUGUGACCACAUCAUCCCUCAACCGACAUGGUCAACCUACUCCUCCGAGUACACCUCCGAUGAACCCAGCUGACAGCUUGCCUCCACUGCCGUCGCUGGAGGCCUUCAUCUCUUCCUUGGUCAGCCGUUCCCAGGUUCAGGUCCCGACCCUGAUGACAUCCCUGGUGUUCCUGGGCCGACUGCGUGCACGCCUGCCUCCUGUCGCCAAGGGCAUGCGAUGCACCGUUCACCGUAUCUUCCUUGCUUCUCUGAUCCUGGCCGCUAAGAAUCUGAAUGACUCGAGCCCCAAGAACAAGCACUGGGCCAGAUACACCGUCGUCAAGGGCUACGAUGGCUUUGGUUUCUCUCUCGCUGAGGUCAACCUGAUGGAACGACAGCUUCUCUUCCUUCUCGACUGGGACACUCGCGUCAACGAAGAGGAUCUUUUCGAGUAUUUCGAACCAUUUCUGGCGCCCAUCCGAAGACGCUAUGAGAUGCUGCAGCAGGAGCGUGAGGAUGAGCUGAACAGCCACCGUGAAUGGUGGCGUCUGCAAGAGGCCCUGGCCAACCGUCUCCGUCGCCAGAAGCAGGAGCCGCGCACUGAUGCUCGUCGCAUGCGCGAGGGUGUCUCCAAGCGUACCCCUGCCAUCCACGUGUCUUCGAGCUCUAGCAUCCACGGCUCUCCCAUGUCUAGCAUCGACGACGUCGAGCGUACGGGCAACGCACACUACCAGCAUCUACGUGUCUCUCAAUAUCGUCAAAUGAACAACCGUUCCAUCUCUCCGCCUUCCGUCAAGGACGUUCCCGGCCUCUCUCGUGCGGAUACUUACAACUCCCUGAGCUCCCGUUCAUCCAGUCUGGCGCCAAGCUCCCGUGGUACGCCUGCCAGUCUCAGCACAUGUUCAUCUAGCCUGGGAGACGAGUUCAUGGUCGCCGAUUGCGGCCACAGUCCGGCUGCCUCCACGUUGAGCUACAGCUACGUCAACGUCCAGCCUACGCGUCCGGAAAGCAAGUGCCUCCAGGAAGAGUCUCAUCAGCCAAGCAAGAAGGUCAAGAUGGCCGGAAGCAUUGGUGGAAGCGCUGGAGGCUUGGUUGCUCGAUUCCUCGCCUCGGCCGCCGGAACAUACAUGGGAGGACGCAUGGCCCGGCCUCUAGCAUAGACGCUCCAUGUCGAACCGACCCUCGAGAUCCGCGCUGAGCUGGUCUCAGCUGCAUCGCUGCUCGAAAACAUGAUAUCCCCCGAUCAGUGGAAUGCAUCCGAUUCUGAAAGAUAACAAAAACACACCACCCUCAGUCCGGUACCCUGAGAACAAAAAAUCUAUGGGUCCGACUUAUUUAUGUUGCAUACUUUGGCGUUGCGGGUCAUCUGUUUCUGAUUCUCUUGUUCCUCUUUUUUUUUUACUUUUUGACAGCUAG